UACAUUGAAAUCCACGGCCCCGUGCAUUCAUGUUUGCAGCACUUGUUUGCGUGUCGUGUGACAUUUAAUCUGCUCUUAUUGGAUCAGAGAGGCGCACAUUUAACAUACUUUAAAGAUCAACGACAAAGCGGAGUUGUUGGUUUCAGAGAAGCCUAUUUCCCAUUUGUAGCAGUAUUUUGGUAGAGAACACACGUGAGAAGAUAAAGAAUAUUAUGAAUGGUCAUAACUUUGCAAGAUUGAUACAAUAACUCCAUAUUGAUUCAGUGGCACGUUUAAAGCUUUAUUUUCCUAAAUCUUGAACGCACCACAAAUCCGAUUUCUGUACGUGUUAUCUGUGCGGGAAGUGGGAAUGUCGACAUAAAAUAAAAAUACAAUUCACGUCACUGCGGUGACAUAACAAUAGUUCUGGGUUACUUGAUGUCACACACAUUUGUGAACCCCCUCUCCCACCUGCUUCGUCCUCUGGGUUAGUCAUGCAUUUCGCCUUCCUACCACUUGAGGCAGUAACGAAGCAUUCAAAGCGUGUAAAGAUGAAGCCAUGACGAGCAGAACAAGACGCCGCGCCAUGAAUUUUGAAAUGUUAUAUUUACCUGUAGCUUCACUCUUCUGAUUCUUGUCGUUUCUCUUUUCCUCCGGCGCGAUUUUAAAAUGUCCAACAUUUCCGAGGAGAGAAUGUCGUCUCCCAAGCGCUUCGGCCAGCGUGCUUACACAGCCGAGGAGCAGCAAGCUGUCCACAAUGCACUGCGACAGAAGCUGGGGCCAGAAUUUAUCAGUACCAGAAUCGCUGGAGGAGGACAGAAGGUGUGCUACAUCGAGGGCCACCGUGUAAUCAGCCUGGCCAAUGAGAUGUUUGGAUAUAACGGGUGGUCUCACUCCAUCUCGCAGCAGACCGUCGACUUCGUGGACCUGGUUAACGGGAAGUAUUACGUUGGGGUCAGCGCUUUCGUCAAAGUACAGCUCAAGGAUGGAGCGUUCCAUGAAGAUGUGGGCUACGGAGUAAGCGAGGGACUGAAGUCUAAGGCUUUGUCCCUGGAGAAAGCAAGAAAGGAGGCUGUCACCGAUGGCAUGAAGAGAGCGCUCAAGUGUUUCGGGAACGCCCUUGGAAACUGCAUCCUAGACAAAGCGUACCUUCAGGCUAUUAACAAGAUCCCCAAGCAGCCACUGCCCGCUCUGGACCCGGCCCAGACCAAGCGCUCAGAAAGCGAGCCCUCCGUGGAGAAGGCUCGUUUCUGUAGCCUGCUGCGAGAGGACAAACUGAGGCCCGCCAUCAUACCACCGGAGCCUCGAGUCAGCAACCAGAGAGAGCGCGACUCCGAAACACACACCCCUGACGCUCAAGACGUUGAAAGCGAGGGCGAAAGCUCAAGACAGACGUUAGCGACGUCAGAGUGGCACACGGACCCCAAGCAUCUGCGUAAACAGCGGCAGCAGGAGCUGCAGCAGAAGUUCCGUAGGGAAAUGGAGGCAAAGAGGCAAAAGCAGGAGGACAACCAGGCCGAGAACGUGGAACACCUCUUCAGAGAAGGAGAUGAUCUAGAACUCUGGAAUUUCAGCCUGAAUGGAACAGUGGAGCCGGAUGUCCCCUCGGGGGCGUCCUGCCCAAGCACGCCCAGCAGACACACGAUGCAGACACGCAGAAAGACGCCACAAAGGUCUGCCGUGAGAGCCCCCGAGCAGCAGCAACAGCAGUCGCAAGGCAGAGGUCACUCGGGAAUGCAUCAAGACAGACUUACGCAUCAAGCCAAAACUUCAAGUCCGUGCCGAGCAGGGCAGUUUAUGAAAAAACGCAGACUGGACACAUGAUCAAGACCUCAUUCAUUCAUUCAAAUUUUAGUGCUUUUUCUGAAUUCAUGAGUCAGUGCUUCGAUGCACUGCUGCUGCAUGUCAAAAGGUUGUACGUUUUUGAUGAAUAAAAUAACAUUCAUAAUGCUG